GGGGCGGUUUGUUUUUUACACAGGAAGAUGGAUCAAAAUGAGGUGGGGAAAUGUGCAUUGGGUAAUCACUUGCUAUGUAGCCAGAGAAGGCGAAGUCAAAUAUUGAUCAUUUUCCAGAGCUUAUUACUGAAGUUACCCCUCUGACAUCAAGAAUGGACAUAAGUUAACAAUGACGGGAGAAAAGAAGAAGAAAAAGCGGCUGAACCGCAGCGUUCUUCUGGCUAAGAAAAUUAUUAUAAAAGAUGGAGGCAGUCCCCAGGGGAUGGGUGAUCCCAGCGUCUAUCACGCUGUGGUGGUGAUCUUCCUGGAGUUCUUUGCCUGGGGGCUUCUUACCACGCCCAUGCUAACGGUCUUACAUCAAACAUUCCCUCAACACACAUUCCUGAUGAAUGGGCUUAUUCACGGUGUCAAGGGUAUUUUGUCAUUCCUGAGUGCUCCUCUGAUUGGUGCGCUGUCAGAUGUAUGGGGUAGGAAGUCCUUCCUGCUGCUAACAGUCUUCUUCACCUGUGCCCCCAUCCCCCUCAUGAAGAUCAGCCCAUGGUGGUACUUUGCAGUCAUUUCCAUGUCUGGUGUGUUUGCCGUCACCUUCUCUGUGAUCUUUGCGUACGUGGCGGACAUCACGGCAGAACACGAGAGGAGCACAGCCUACGGUUUGGUGUCCGCUACCUUUGCAGCCAGCCUAGUGACGAGCCCGGCCAUUGGAGCGUACCUGUCGGAGACGUACGGUGACACCCUGGUAGUUAUCCUGGCUACGGCCAUCGCCCUACUGGACAUCAUUUUCAUCCUGGUGGUCGUCCCCGAGUCGUUGCCAGAGAAGAUGAGACCAGCGUCCUGGGGAGCACCCAUCUCCUGGGAGCAGGCUGACCCCUUCGCUUCUCUGCGGAAGGUGGGCCAGGAUUCCACAGUGCUUCUCAUCUGCAUCACAGUGUUCCUGUCUUACCUGCCUGAGGCCGGACAAUACUCCAGCUUCUUCCUCUAUCUCAGACAGGUACAAAGGUUCAGUUCAGAGACAGUAGCUGCCUUCAUAGCUGUGGUGGGCAUCCUCUCCAUUGUUGCUCAGACGAUGGUUCUGGGGAUUCUGAUGCGCUCCAUAGGGAAUAAGAACACUAUCCUACUGGGCCUAGGCUUCCAGAUACUACAGCUGGCCUGGUACGGCUUCGGAUCUCAACCAUGGAUGAUGUGGGCAGCAGGAGCGGUAGCAGCCAUGUCUAGCAUCACGUUCCCAGCCGUCAGUGCCAUUGUGUCCCGCAACGCAGACCCUGACCAGCAGGGUGUUGUCCAGGGGGUGAUAACAGGUAUCCGUGGUCUGUGUAACGGGCUCGGCCCGGCCUUCUAUGGCUUUAUAUUCUACCUGUUCCAUGUGGAGCUGACUGAUCUGGACGCUGUAGACAGCCCUGGGAAAGAACCCAAACCUAACAUGGCCAACCCUGCUGAUGAGAGUUCCAUCAUCCCCGGGCCUCCCUUCCUGUUCGGGGCGUGCUCCGUACUGCUGUCUCUGUUAGUAGCCCUGUUCAUCCCAGAGCACAGUGGCCCGGGCGUCCGGCCGGGAGGCUACAAGAAACACAACAACGGGGCCCAGAGCCACUCACACAGCCCUCCCAGUAGUGGGGCCGAGGGCAAGGAGCUGCUACUGGAUGGCAGCUGUGUAUAACACCAGCCUGGGGGCACAAACUCCACACUUGCUCCCCCUGAGCCCAAACAAGUGAACCAUUACUUUCACACAUGUACCCAGAUGAGUGGCCUCUUCUUCGGGCAAGGAAAAUGCAUGUGUGUGUCUGAACACCUUGUGGGCUGUGGUUUAUCUGAAGCAGCUGAGUUUGUGUGUGUGUGUGUGAGAGAGAGACUGUCUUGGUUGAGCUGAUCUCUGCCCUGAGAGUCUUGACAAGCAGGAAGAGGAUAAAGGAGGUGGGGAUGUAGAGUUCCUGCCAGAGGACUAUGCACACUCAUCUGUCCCACAUGGGCGGGAUCUGGUUGGAGUGAAGGUCCAAUGUUAUCUGAACUGAUACUAAGCUCUGUGUGAUGUAUUUGUCCAAAAUGGCACCCUAGUCCCUAAAAUAGUGCACUUCUUUUGACCAGGGCCCACUAGGGAAUAGGGUACCGUUUGUGAUGCAACCAAUGUAGCCAAGCAACCCACUCUUGACGACAACAACUGUUCUUUCCCUUAGAAAUGGAGUCGACAACAUAGUUCUGCUGGCCAGUUUACAAGCUACCAAACUUCAGAUUUUAUUGACUUUAAUAUGGCAGAUGAGAAAGCAGGUCUUCCUCUGUGUGUCCAAAACAGGGAGAGAAGUUAGUGUAUGCCUCCAAAAUUACCCCUAUUCCCUUUAUAGUGCACUACUUUUCACCAGCCUCUGGUGCACUAUAUAGGGAAAGAGGGUGCAAUUUGUGAGGCAAACACUGUAGAACUUGAGGAGAGCCUCUGAAGAUCCAUCUAAGAACCACUACCCAUCCAGAUGGGGACAGCACAAUAGACAUCAACCUUUCAUGAUUUUUCCAGAGGGACUUGAAGCUAACAUUUGACUGACCAACCUCCCAUUCCAUUGAAUAUCACAUUUAACUGAGUUGUGUGUCAACCACUUUAGUUUUUCAACGUUUACCUUCCUGUCGUCUGUUCCGUUAGAUUAGCAAGACAGUUGGAUAUGUUUCCUGUGUUCAUCACACACUUAAGGCGAGUUGUGUUCAAAGUUUUUAUUCCAGAGAAAUGUUGCCUUGGCAGUGACGUUGUCUUCAUAUUAAUAUAUUACAACAACCUGUAUGAAGACUGUUGUCUGACUGUCUGAGGUGGGUCUGUGAUUGUUGCUUUCGCUGCUAUUGGAGCCUUGUUUUCUAAUUCUACUUCUCACAACCCUCUUCGAUGUGAAUCUAGGCACAACCGUAGUUAACACACAGACUGGCAUGACUUUGUUUUAACUACAGUUGUUAACAGAACUAGACUGGCAUGACUUUAGUUCUGUUAACAACUUGCCCAUAGACGGUUUCUGGUUCUUUUAUUCACAAAGUGUCUCGAGUGCUGAUCUAGGAUCAGUGUUGCCUGUUGGAUCAUAGUGAAUAUGAUUAUAUGGUCGGGGGACAUCCUGAGCCAAGAUCAGCAUUCCUACUGUAAGAUACUUGGUGGGUGAAAAGGUUCCCUGAGCUGUAAUGUGGGUAUCAAUGUGAGCACUGGUAUUGUUAAUGAAACGGUCUGUAGUAAUAAUAUUAUUACGUUCAGUAAAAAAUCAUAUCAUUUUGUUCUGCGGUAGGAUAGUCGGUUAACUGUUGUGUGUGUGGCAUUAGACAAGGCUGCAAAUGUGGUUUUAGCUCCCGUGUCUGUCCGUCUUUGACUGCAAAGGUGUUGCAGAUACUACUGUAAAUCUUUGCUGUUGUACUUUUGAAACGAUAUUUUUUUGUUGUUGUUGUAAAUGAGCCUCAAGUGCAUUGAAAUAACCAAAUAGAACUGAUUGAUGUCAAAAUGUUGGACAUUUUGAGAAUUUCUAUUUAGUCAAAUUAUUAACUUGUUGUGUGCCAUAUUUAAAAAAAAAUUAUAAUAAUUUAAAACAAGGAAGGGGUAACAUUAAAGUGUUAGAACAUGAAGGACAAACAAUACAGCAUCAAGACACUAUCAAACAUGUAUCAGUCUGUCUGCAGCAGAGCCAUCCUUAUGUGUGAGGGUGUCUACUACUACUAUCAAACAUGUAUCAGUCUGUCUGCAGCAGAGCCAUCCUUAUGUGUGAGGAUGGAUGGUGCAUGAUGGAUAUAAAAUGUCAGUUUCCUUUUUCAUAAUCACAACGUUUGUUUUUGUUAAUUUGUUUGACUACUUAAACUUUUUUUUUUUUUUUUGCAAAGUUGAAGUGCUAUUUUUGAAGAGCUUUUAACACUUAGAUGUUCCAAUGUUUUUAUUUGUGGUUUUCUUCAACAUUUUGGGGAUUUAUUGAAUCUUUAGCUUUAGCAUUUAAAAAGUUUAAUUUCUCAACGGUCAGUUCGAUUUAACAAUAAGCUGUUAAUUUUGGUUACUUUUGUGAAAUUGUAUCAAUAGAUGACAUCACUAGCAUAAUUGAAUGUUCUAAGCAAUACAUGUUGUUAUGCCAACCAAACAUACUAUUUGUAAUUUCAACUGGGUGAGCAGUGAGGCCAUUAAACGUCUGCUCUACCUGUGUGUCCUGACUGGCACCCUAUGGGCCCUGGUCAAAAGUAGUACACUCCAACUGGGUUAGCAGUGAGGCCAUUACACUUCUGCUCUACCUGUGUGUCCCGACUGGCACCCUAUGGGCCCUGGUCAAAAGUAGUACACUACAUAGGGAAUAGAUAUGCCAAUGCUCCAGAACAUAUUGAAUUGGACCAAAACCACACUUAAGGACAGUAAAACCAAUGACUACGAUCCUAUAUUAAUAAUUACAAUUGAUUCUGCACCAGCCACAACACCAUUUACACCUCAAACAUGUAUUUCAGUAAAUGUACAAACAUUUGUUUACUUAAACGUGUGUGUGUGUGUGUGUGCGCACAAAACAUGAGGAAAACCUUCCUCAUAUUGAGUUGGACCUCCUUUUGCCCUCAGAACAGCCUCAUUUGGUCAGGGCAUGGACUCUACAAGGUGUUGAGUGUUUCACAGGGAUACAGACCCAUGUUGACUCCAAUGCUUCCCACAGUUGUCAAGUUGGCUGGAUGUCCUUUGGGAGUUGGACCAUUCUGAUACACACGGGAGACUGUUGAGUAUUUUAAUUUUUUUAAACAGCAGUGUUGCAGUUCUUGACACAAACCCGUGCGCCUGGUACCUACUACCAUACCCUGUUCUAAGACGCUUAAAUCUUUUGUCUUGCCCAUUCACCCCCUGAAUGGCACACAUACACAAUGCAUGUCUCAAUGAUCUCGAGGCUUAAAAAUCCUUCUUUAACCUUUUUCCUCCCCUUCAUCUACACUGAUUGCAGUAAAUAAUAGAAGUGACAUCAAUAAGGGAUCAUAGCUUUCACCUGGUCCCUCUGUCAAGGAAAGAGCAGGUGUUCCUAAUGUUUUAUACACUCAGUGUGUUAAAAGGAGAUGGGAUCCUACUGAUCUGAUUGCUACAGUAGUGUGGCGCAACUAUACUGAACAAAAAUAUAAACGCAACAUAGCAACAGUUUCAAAGAUUUUACUGAGUUACAGAUCAUUUAGGGAAAUCCGUCAAUUGAAAUAAAUAAAUUAUGCCCUACUCUAUGGAUUUCAAAUGACUGAGAAUACAGAUAUGCAUCUGUUGGUCACAGAUACCUUAUCAUGCUGAAACAUGAGGUGAUGGAGGUGGAUGAAUGGCUGAACAAUGGCCCUCAGGACCUCCUCACAGUAUCUCUGUGCGUUCAAAUUGCCAUUGAUAAAAAUCCAAUUGUGUUCGUUGUCUGUAGUUUAUGCCUGUUUAUGCCAUAACCCCACCACCACCAUGGGACACUGUUCACAACGUUGACAUAUGUGGCCUGCAUUUUGUGAGGCCAGUUGGAGCCGGCUUAUGGUAGAGGUAGAGAAAUCAUGAGGGAAAAAAAAGAAA